CCCCCUCCGCGGCCCCGCCCUCGGCGCCGGCCGGCCGCUGAUCAUGCUCACCGUGUCCCUCCUCGAUGCGCACCUCUCCCGCUGCCGCUCCGCGGGACACCUCCUCCAAAUCCACGCGCAGUUCCUCGCCUCGGGCCUCCUCGCGGACGCGUUCGCCGCCAGCCGCCUCCUCCUCUUCACCACCUCCACCGCCGCCGGGCGCCUCCUCCCGCGCCCGUUCGACCACUCCCUGCGCCUCUUCCGCCUCGUGCGCAGCCCCAACGCGUUCUCCUGCAACACCAUCCUCAAAGCCGCCCUGCGACACGGCCUUCCCCACCUCUGCCUCCCGCUCUACGCGUCCAUGCCCGCGCUUCCCGACGCCUACACGUACCCGCUCCUCGCCGCCGCCUGCGCCGCCAGGGGGGACGCGCGGGAAGGGCGGCAGCUGCACUUACACGCCGUCAGGCACGGGUUCGUAGACAAUGUGUACCUCAGGAACGCGCUGAUGCACAUGUACUCCGCCUGUGGCUGCGUCGCGGACGCGCGCAGGGUGUUCGACGAGGGGCCCGUGUGGGACGCCGUUUCCUGGAACACGAUCCUGGCCGCAUACGUGCGCGCUGGGGACGUCGAGCAGGCGAUCGGGGUGUUUGAUAGGAUGCCAGAGAGGAGCGCUGCGGCGGUGAGUUCAAUGGUGGCACUUUUUGGGAGGAGUGGGAUGGUGGAUGAGGCGAAGAAGGUGUUUGAUGUGGCAGAGCAUAGGGACGCUUUCACGUGGGCAGCUAUGAUUUCCUGCUUUGAGCGGAAUGGCCAGUUUGUGGAAGCGUUGGGUGUGUUCUCAGAUAUGCGUGCUGAGGGUUGGCAUGUGGAUGAGGCAGUGAUGGUCAGUGUGAUUGCUGCAUGCACACGGUCAGAGGUAAUUCGGAAUGGAGAGGUGUGCCAUGGACUGGUUUUCAGAGCUGGCCUUGGUUUGCGGUUGAAUGUCCAGAAUGCACUUAUCCACAUGUACUCAAGUUGUCUGGAUAUUGCUGCAGCACGGAGAUUGUUUGACAGUGGUGAGAGUUUGGACCACUUCUCCUGGAACUCGAUGAUUGCUGGCUAUCUGAAGAAUGGCCAUGUAGAGGAUGCAAAGGUGUUAUUCAGUGUGAUGCCUGACAAAGACAAUGUUUCUUGGAGUACAAUGAUAUCUGGUUGUGUGCAAAAUAACCAGUCAUCCGAGGCGCUCACAGUUUUUGACAACAUGAAAGCCCAUGGAAUUAGACCUGAUGAGGUUACACUAGUGAGUGUCAUCUCUGCUUGUACUAAUCUGUCUGCGUUGGAGAAAGGAAAGUCAGUGCAUGAGUACAUUAAGGAACACCAAUAUAACAUCACUGUUUUACUUGGGACUAGCCUCAUUGACAUGUACAUGAAAUGUGGAUGCUUGGAUGCUGCACUAGAAGUCUUCGACACGGUAGAAGAAAAAGGAACACCUUGCUGGAAUGCUGUCGUCGUGGGGCUGGCCAUGAAUGGCCUUGUUACAAAAUCCCUUGACAUGUUUUCAGAGAUGGAAGCCUCUGCAACUGCUGUCCCAAAUGAGAUAACUUUCACCGGAGUUCUGAGUGCUUGCAGACAUGCUGGACUAGUUGAGGAGGGCCGUCAAUUCUUUAAGUUGAUGCAAAACAAGUACCAGAUUGUACCAAACAUCAGACACUAUGGAUGUAUGGUUGAUCUCCUUGGACGAGCUGGAUAUGUCAGAGAAGCUGAGGAUCUGAGCAUGCCCAUGUCACCUGAUGUCCCAGCAUGGGGUGCAUUGCUUGGUGCCUGCUGGAAACAUGGUAACAGUGAAGUUGGGGAAAGGGUUGGGAGGAAGCUUGUCGAGCUGGAUCCUCAUCAUGACGGGUUCCAAACUAUGUUAUCAAACAUAUAUGCUUCAGAGGGGAUGUGGCAAUGUGUAAAGGACCUAAGGGGUUCCAUGAAGCAACAUGUAGCAAAAGCUGCAGGCUAUAGCGUGGUUGAAUCGCCACAUUCUUCAUGAGAUACAGCUAAAAUGAUUUCCCCUACCACCAUAAUGGCAACAUUUAUCUGGCCAUGAGCGAGGUGUAACACAGUUUAUUCAGAGGUGAUUUUAACAGGAAAAAUUGGUAAGUGCAAGCUAAUUACUUUCUGUUCAGUCUGAGGUAUGUACUUGUUAUGGGAAAAACAAUAUAAUACCAACUAAUAAAUCAAGAAAUGUUCAAUUAGAUAGGGGAUAUAUAUCAUAUAUUAAAAGGGAUUCAGUAUGUAGGUUGUGGUUGGCUCCUACGUAGUCAAUUUCUCAAAAAUAUAAAUAUUUUGAUCUACAUUUAAGAAAAUUACAAAUUUCAGUUUGAAUUUCAGAUAACUUCACACCAAGUUUCAGCUUCCAGCAUCAUUGAUACUGUUAAAUGCCUUCAAAACUGACAGGUUGGACCAUCAUGCUGGUGUAUUCAAUAUAUUUAUCCCACCCAUUGCAUGCUAAACAAGGGAAGUUCUAUGAAAUUAUAGUUUUUUGGGUGUUUUCAUGAAAUGUUCUAUGAAAUUAUAGUUUUUUGGGUGUUUUCAUGAAAAUAUAUGGAGUUUUGAGCAUAUAAAUAACAAUCAAAUUUAAAAACAUUUAUCGAUCUAUUUUUUUAGAAUGUAUAUCUAAAAUAUUAGACAAUGACAAUAAAAAAAAUGAAGCCAUUGAAUCUCAAGCCCUGAUGAUUAAGGGGUCUCCCUACUCUGAAAGGGUGUGUGUUGAUAGGUUUGGUGGGCCAAUGUAAAAGCCCAGCCGUCAUAUGGAGAUGAAACCCAGGUAGCUAUUCCUCUGAACAAACCCAAUAGCUUCACUACCUGUAAGCAAUUAAUAUAGUCAUAAAAUCACUUGGUUCAAAAUAUUACCUUGAAAAACUUACAUGAUUGUCUUUUGUAAAAAGAAACUACAUGAUUAGUAUUUGCAAGCCAAAGUUCAGUGCCUAAAAUGACUUCUGUUUUGAACUGUUGAUUAAUACUCCACCCAUUCCAAAUUAUCCUUCACUUAAGCUUUCUCCUAAGUCAAACUUCUCUAAAUUUGACCAUGUUUUCAGAUAUAUAGAAACCUAUAGUACCAAGUAAAUACACUAUCAACACACAUUUUAUGGUGGAUUUAAUGAAACUAAUUUGAUGUUGUGAACGUUGGUGUUUUUUCCUAUAAACUUCAUCAAAGUUAGGGAAGUUUGACUUAGGACAAAGGUAAAGUGAACUAUAAUUUGGAACAGAGGGAGUAGUUUGCUGGAUCUACUUACUAUAUGUGAUUCCUUGUAAGACUUCUAUUGAUUUGGCAGCAAUCUCAUAUAUUUGCAGCUAGUUCUACACUCACUCAUCUGAAUAAUUGAGGUACAACUAGCUGAUGACAUGCUAAAUUAACUAUUUAUGAUUUGAAGGGAUAUAAAUAUAUGAUCAAAUGUUUUCUUUUAUACUAUGUGAUGUGUUGAUAAAAUCUUGGACAUGUUUUCGUUUUCUUUUUGCACAUGGAAGGGAGAAUAUGGAAUGUCUGUUGAAGUUGAGAAAACUGUUUUGUUGUUAUAUUAGUGAAGUGCCAGCUAAUGAGCUAAUUAAGGUCAAUUCAUUCUAAAGGGAAAAAAGAACCUAAGUCUCAUUGACUGACAGAAUUUGUGCUGGGCUGAUUACAAUCACCAUUUGAGCUAGAGAAAAUAGCAUAGCUAUUAGGAUGGAUGUAUCCAGCAACUUGCUAAUUUUCAGCAUUACAAUAUGUGGUGCCUAAGUACGUUAGCAUGGAAUUAUAUACUCAUUCUGCCGAUCCACGAGGUGUGGACAGCUUACACAUUUGUUAAAUCGAUUAAUUGAGGUCUUACUGGCUCAUAAUUAUUAGUUCGGAUAUUUGAGCACACUGGUCAGUUCAGAUAUUCUGAUGUCAGAUCCUAUCCUUUUGAGUCAGCAAAAUAGCAUUAUCAUGACUUAUCUGUUUGAUAUUAUGAGCAAACCACAUGUAAGGUCAACGGCCCCUUAUAUACAUAAAAAAUAUGUCAAAACCGAUCAGAUCAUACAAAUAAGACAUCCAGCUGUGGACAUAAUGAUUUAGUAAUUUGUGAUGGAUUGAUCAAAAUAGCCCUGAGCCUAAGCAGCGUGACCAUGCCAGUAAACUGCGGCCACCCACAAGGGCAGGGAUAUGAGUUUUUUUUGUUAUCUUUAAAAUGCUACCUCCUAAUUUAAAAAGGAAACUAACCUUAUCUCUAACUGGUAUCAAAUCCCAAGCAAAUCAAAUAUACCAAUAUAUAUAGUUGCUAUCAAAACAAUGUUUUUAAAUCGCCUAAUCGUUUGAUCGAACAAUGGGUGGACCAGACGACUAAUCGUGAUUAGUCGCCGACUAGGGUCGAUUAGUCGGGUCUGAUCGACCCUAGUCGUCCUCUAGUCAUCCAGGAAUUAGGAUCCAUAUAUAUAUAUAUAUAUAUAUACUUAUAUUAUUAUCUAGUAUAGGAGUUAAGUACUGAAGUACUACUGUACUAGUAUAUAUUCUCAUAUAUAUUUCAGGCCAAGAAAGUGUCUAGUUUUCUAUGUCUAGUACUGAAUAUAGAGCAAAUGGUGACUUACUUGAAAUUGUGAAAUUGGUUCCUUGUCCUCCAUAAUCCAUACUCCAUAGCUCCUGAUCCUCUUUGCAAACUCCAUAUUCUUGCUGACUUGUUGCUGUUGUCCUGUUGAAGCUGGAAUAACAAAGAAUUAACAAGUUAGAGCACUAUAUGACAGUCAAUAAAUUGAAUUAUGCAUCACAGUAGCAGGCCAGCAGCAACAAGUACAAAACCAAACUAAUAAAGAAGCAAUGAAGGAUAAAGCAACAAUGGUCCAGGUCCAACACAAAGCCAAAAACAUAGUUCAAUACAUAACAAAAGCCAACUAGGCCAGGCUUAUGAUAAAUCUCUAAUCUCUACUCUAGUAAAUCAUCAUUCAAAUGGAAGCCUACAUCCUCUUCAGUUCCAGCAGCAGCAGAAUCGUCAUCCUCCUCCAUUGCUUCAUCUUGUUCAUCACCGUCAUCAUCUUCAGGGAUAACUGGAGUUGGAGUUGGUUGGUUCCUUGGACGCUUCUUAGAAACAUAUGUCAUCAUCCUACUAGAGGCAGCGCUAGAACUUGCAUGAGCAGCAGCAGCCCUAGGGAAGUGUCGACCUUGGAGACCUUCCGUCGCACCGAUAGCUUCAUCCACGUUGCUCCAAGUAAUAUUACCAUCAUCACCUUCAUGAACGGGAUCACUUUCACAGACCCAUUCAUUGUCCCAUUGAAAUUCGUCAAGCAAGAGAGGGUUGCUUUUCUUUCCUUUGGAACCAAGUUCUCUAAUUUUUUGAAACCUAUUUUCCAUCUUCCGGUUGUAGCUAACAUACACCAACUUGUUCAACCUUUUGUGCUCUGUCCAACCUGUUUCUCUUUUUGGUAUGGAUCUGCAACAAAAGAAAUACAAAAGCAAAUUUAGAUCAGAUCAGAUGUACAACAACAAAUCAACAUUUAAUAGCUUACAAUACUUAUACUUACAU